AGAAGGGGGAAUGGGCCCCGCCAUCUUGUUGUACGAAACGCACCCGCUCGCAAACCGCGCUGCUGUUUGGGACGCAUGCGCAAUACCAAAGCUGGAUUACAAACCCCAAAGACGGCGGCGGGAACGGGAAGAGCUGGAAUAGUUGAACCGAAAGCAACGCUUGUCAUCGGGUGGGACUGGAGUUGGGAACGAGAGGGGUUGCUGCUGGAAGGAACGGCAACCGAGCUCGGGAGGAGGAGCAAGAGCUGCGCCCGCCAUGCCGCGAGAGAUCAUCACUCUGCAGCUGGGGCAGUGCGGCAACCAGAUUGGGUUUGAAUUCUGGAAGCAGCUUUGUGCAGAACAUGGCAUUAGCCCAGAGGGCAUCGUUGAGGAAUUUGCCACUGAGGGCACUGACCGGAAAGAUGUCUUUUUCUACCAGGCAGAUGAUGAGCACUACAUCCCACGAGCUGUCCUCCUGGACCUGGAACCACGAGUGAUCCAUUCCAUCCUGAACUCCCCAUAUGCCAACCUCUACAACCCAGAAAACAUAUACCUGUCUGAACAUGGAGGCGGGGCUGGGAACAACUGGGCCAGUGGCUUUUCACAGGGAGAAAAGAUUCAUGAAGAUAUCUUUGACAUAAUAGAUAGAGAAGCUGAUGGCAGUGACAGCUUAGAGGGUUUUGUGCUAUGCCAUUCAAUCGCAGGUGGGACUGGUUCUGGUUUGGGCUCUUACCUUCUGGAGAGAUUAAAUGACAGGUACCCCAAGAAGCUGGUGCAGACGUACUCGGUCUUCCCCAACCAGGAUGAGAUGAGUGAUGUGGUGGUGCAGCCGUACAACUCUCUCUUGACUCUCAAACGGCUGACACAGAAUGCUGAUUGUGUGGUGGUUCUAGAUAACACUGCUCUGAAUCGUAUUGCCACUGACAGAUUGCACAUCCAGAACCCCACCUUUUCCCAAAUCAACCAGCUGGUCUCCACCAUUAUGUCUGCCAGCACUACCACGUUGCGCUACCCGGGCUACAUGAACAAUGACUUGAUUGGACUGAUUGCCUCCCUUAUCCCCACUCCCAGACUGCAUUUCCUGAUCACAGGCUACACACCUCUCACCACAGACCAGGCUGUGGCCAGUGUCCGCAAGACCACUGUCCUUGAUGUGAUGCGGCGGCUGCUGCAGCCCAAGAAUGUAAUGGUGUCCAUGGGGCGUGAUCGACAGACCAACCACUGCUACAUUGCCAUCCUUAACAUCAUCCAAGGAGAGGUGGAUCCCACCCAGGUUCAUAAGAGUCUUCAGCGGAUCCGGGAGAGGAAACUGGCUAACUUCAUCCCUUGGGGCCCAGCCAGCAUCCAGGUGGCACUUUCUAGGAAAUCUCCAUACUUGCCUUCUGCACACAGAGUCAGUGGUCUGAUGAUGGCUAAUCACACCAACAUUUCUUCGCUAUUUGAACGUACCUGCCAACAGUAUGACAAGCUGCGCAAGCGUGAAGCCUUCCUGGAGCAAUUCCGCAAGGAAGAUAUAUUCAAGGAGAACUUUGAUGAACUUGAUGACUCUCGUAAGGUUGUCCAAGAGCUGAUAGAUGAAUACCAUGCUGCCACACGUCCUGACUACAUCUCCUGGGGUACGCAAGAGCAGUGAGUGGCCUCACAGGCUUCCUGUCCAGAGUCUGACUGGGAUUCCUCCAAAUAUGCCAGCAUGCCUCUCCCCCUUUCCAUGACUCAGGGGUGAGGGCAUUUGCAGGUCUCUACAUCAAUGAAGACAAUCUUUUUUUCUGUGUGCUGUAACAUUAAGGUUCUAUCACCUGCUGAGCUGAAACCUGACACUCCCAUCCUAGCAUCUGGUUUCCUCUUGUCCCCUUAAGGAACUGGGCUAUAUCUGGCUCUUCCCCUUAAACUGGGACUCGCCAGGUCUGGUUACAAAAGUGCAGUGCUGGGACAGCUUUUCCUGUUUGGUUCCUUCUAAUGUUCACAAGAAGGUUGUUUCUUGUUGCAACUAUAUUUAUUUAAACUUGUUCCUGUUGUGUACCAUAGUGGAGAAUGAAGUGGCUUGCCUAUAGGCAUUUUCAAAUAACCCAGGUCUGCAUUUCUACCAAUAA